GCAGCAGCGCUGAGCGCCCUGGUCUGUCAGCUCUGUGACCCGUAAGGUCUGGAACCGUUGUCUGCUCAGACCACAGAAGAACGAGAGAACAUCUAAGACAUGCUCCCGACGAUAGGCUCCCUGCUGGCCGCCCUCUGGGCUGUGCUCCAUCUCCGGACUCUUCUGCUGGGCGCUGUCACCUUUCUAGUUUUUGUUAACUUACUCAAAAAGCGGCAUCCAAAGAAUUAUCCACCAGGGCCCUGGCGCCUGUCUUUCAUUAGCGUCUUAUUCCAUUCUGACUUUGAGAAGUCGCAGCUGCAGCUUCAACAGUAUGUGAAGAAAUAUGGGAAUGUUCUGAGCCUGCCAUUUGGUCACAUUAAUUUCAUUAUUAUAAGUGGAUUGCCCUUAAUCAAAGAAGUCCUUUUACACAUGGAACAAAACUUUAUGAACCGCCCCAUGUUGCACUCUCGAAAACGUGUCUUUAAGAGAAAUGGACUGAUCAUGUCCAAUGGCCAGGAAUGGAAGGAGCAAAGAAGGUUCACCCUGAUGACACUCAGGAACUUUGGUUUAGGAAAGAAGAGCCUAGAGGAGCGCAUUCAGGAGGAGGCCCACUACCUCGCUGAGGCAAUGAAGGAGGAGAAUGGACAGCCCUUUGACCCUCACUUUAAAAUCAAUAAUGCAGUUUCCAACAUAAUUUGCUCCAUCACCUUUGGAGAACGCUUUGAGUACCAGGAUGGUCAAUUUCAGGAGCUACUGAAGUUACUAGAUGAAGUCACAUUUCUGGAGGCUUCAGUGCCAUGCCAGCUCUACAAUAUAUGUCCUUGGAUAAUGAGAUUUCUUCCUGGAUCCCACCAAACCCUCUUCAGAAACUGGGAAAAACUGAAAUCGUUUGUUGGUGAUGUGAUUGAAAAGCAUAAAAGAGAUGGGAACCCUGAGGAAACCAGAGACUUUAUCGAUGCUUACCUCAAAGAAAUGGCAAAGAGCAAUGCCUCUUCAAGUUUUGAUGAAGAAAACCUUGUCUACACCACCCUGGACCUCUUCUUUGCUGGAACUGAGACAACUUCUACAACUCUGCGCUGGGGUCUUCUUUAUCUGGCCCUCUACCCCGAAAUCCAAGAAAAAGUGCAGGCUGAGAUUGACAGAGUGAUUGGCCAGUGUCAACAGUCGAGCAUGGCCUUCCGAGAGUCCAUGCCCUACACCAACGCCUUCAUCCAUGAGGUGCAGAGAAUGGGCAACAUCCUUCCAUUGAAUGCUCCCAGGGAAGUGACAGUUGAUACUACUUUGGCUGGAUAUCACCUGCCCAAGGGGACCAUGGUCUUUACUAAUUUGACAGCCCUUCACAAGGACCCCACUGAGUGGGCUACUCCUGACACCUUCAAUCCAGAGCACUUUUUGGAGAAUGGACAAUUUAAGAAAAGGGAAGCCUUUCUGCCUUUCUCACUGGGAAAGCGGGCCUGCCUUGGAGAACAGUUGGCCAAGACCGAGUUGUUUAUUUUCUUCACUUCUCUUCUGCAGAAGUUCACCUUCAGGCCCCCAAACAAUGAGAAGCUGAGCGUGAAGAUCAGAGAAGGCAUGACUAUUGCCCCUGUCAGCCACCGCCUCUGUGCUGUUCCUCGGGCUUGAUGUUGUUGGGGUGGGGGGAAAAAAAAAACAGAAAGAAAAUCAAGAAGAGAUAGCAUGUGCUCUGAAGCCACUAGUGCCUCCUAGAAUGUGAGGGGACAGAAAGAAAGUGACCAUGAGGAAAGAUGAGAGGAAUUAGAGGAACCUGGAUUCAAAUCCCAGCUCAACAGUGACCCUCAAAUCAGCUAGCCUUGAGCACAGCUUCAAAUGCUCUGUGAUGUACCUUUUUAUCUGAGAGAGGAAAAGAGCACAGUGAUUCCUCCUAAAAGAAAGUUUUUGUAAGAAUCAAGGGGAAUAGUGGACUGUAAGCGCAGUAUAAGCCAUAAAGUGCAUCCUAAAAGUGACUGCUGUACCCUGUCUCCUUCCUUCCUUUUUUCUUGGACAUCUGUGUCUUUGUUUCUGGUCUGUUGAAGUAGUUGAGGACAAAGUGUAUCAAAAUAGUCGGUAAGAGUUAGAAUUUUGAUGCUGUGGGAAGUCUUAGAAGUUGACCAUAAAGGCUUCCCAGCUGGGUAGCUCUGUACCUGCCUAAGUCUGCCUCAGACUGGCCCUCUGAGAGGCCAGCAGGGCAGGUAUUAGUCCCUUUUCACAGGAGGGAAAGCCAGUGCUGCUGAAGCAAUCUCUGACUUACAUAAGGAAGCUGGAAGCUUUUACCUUGACCUUGGAUCUAGUGCCAACCAGGGCUCAGCCACAACUAACCAUACCUGGGAAGCAGGUUAAAGAACACAUGUGGAAAUAUUUUCCAUCUCUAAUACUCCACUGCUUAGCCUGAAAUCCUCCAUCAGGCAUUUAUUCCCAUGCUGUUUCACAGUGGAUUUAACUGCAUCAUGGGGAUGGUCUUAUUCUGCAACCUGAUUUAAAGCUUUCAGUGCCCAGUAGAAGCCGACAUCGAAAAGUUUAUGGAAGGGUGGAAUUAAAGUAUGAGUUUACUUUGGUACUUUAAUUCUGAAAUCCAUAUCUAGUUCCACUGUAUAUUUUCCAUGAACUUUUGGAAGACCCAUGUAUUACCAGCUUCACCCCACUAAGCCUUUUUAGAGAAUUUUGACAAAAAUAUCAGAAUCCUGCUCUCUCUAUGUGCGGUGAGUGGCGAGAGAUAAAGGCCAUAAAGUCGAGGUCAGGUUCCACUGAUAGUUCAUGAAGUUCUGACCCCGGUCAAUCAAAUAAAGAAACAAAACAGCCAUGGUAAACUAAACUGUGGUAAAAAAAAAAAAUCUUCUUACUAAAGUGGUUAGACCUAAAUAAUGUGAAUAGCUCGGAACAGUCACAAGGCUUUUCUUUCGUUUUCUGUGGAAUUCAGUGAAAAGCCAAUUCCACUGACACUGUGAGAAAGGGAACUCAGACUUUUUUGGUCGGUGUCCAUGUUUGGCCAGAGCUAGCCUAAAUGAGCAGGGAGAACCUAAAAAAUAAAAGAAAGAAAGAAGGAAAAGAAGCCUACAAGAAAGUGUGAGGAGUUUGAAUAUGUGGGAGGAGGGUGUGAUCCUUCCUGUCUGGUAAAAGAAGGAAGAGAAGUGAGGGGCCACCUGUGUGCACUUUCUGUGUACCCCACCGGGAUAGUGCUCCUCUAGGAAACAAGCCAAGUGAUAGUCCAUGACUAGAACCAGCUUUGGGAGGCCUUGAGCUUCCCACACGUCCAGCACCUUGGCUUGCCCUUCCUUUUAUUCUCCAGUCACAUCACCCAAGAGACUCAGUGGGGGAUUGUCUAAAACCCUUUACAUGACCUGUCUCCUUUUUUUUUUCAUCUGUGAAAUAAAGGACUUGUUGACCUCUCUGAGUCCCAUUCCUGCUCUACUGCAUAUGCCCUGUGAUUCUGGACGGGCAGGCACCAUCCACUACUGAGGAAUAAAAAUAAAGCUACUUGAACUCCUCCUGAUAUAACGAGUGCAGUGGAACCCAGAUCCAAGUAGAUUGUGACCACAGUUAACCAGAAACCUUAGGGACUAGAUGACUGUGGAAAAUGGAUUUUCUGGUUUUUUUUUUUUUUUUUCAAAAUUUGUUGGAGAGACUCUAAAAUAUGAGCCCUCUUCUUGUCCAAGCAUUACACAAAGAUUUUUUAUAUGCAUGUUUGUAAUUCUCAUGCCCCCAUCUAUUUUGGAAGCUCCAUGGCCUCAUACCUCCUUCUUUGAAUCGAUGCCUGG